GUCUGAGCGCGCACACAUACACAGAGCCCUUCAUACAGUCUCUGGGGUACACGCGCGCACUGACGCGCACAGACACGUAGGCCUGCUCUGUCGGAACAUAGAAGACAGGAGAGGAAAGGGAAGCGGAGAGCUCCCAUCUAUUUGCCCCCAACUUCCCUCUUUGCAUCUACUUGUCUUUCUGAUUCUUCUUAUCCACCAAUGCAAGGAUUUUAUUACUCUUAUUACUGCCACUGCUGUCCCGAACUAAGGGAAACAACUUUAAGGACCAGACGGGAGUAUGUAAAAUAAUUCUUUCUGCUGAACAAAACAAGAAGAAAAAGAAGGAAGAGAUGGAUAAACGGAGUAAUUCUGGCGUUUGGCUGGCAGCUUUCUUCUACUUUGUACUUUGGGGACACACUGAUGGACAAUUCUUUCCAGGUGGCUGUACAUUUGAGGAGUCGUAUAGCAGCUGUGGAUACAGCGUUUCUCUGGGAACCAAUGGUUUUACCUGGGAACAAGUCAACUCCUGGGAAAAACCCACCAUGGAUCCUGCCCUACCUACUGGUUCGUUCAUGGUGGUGAACGCUUCAGGCCGGGCAUCAGGUCAGAAGGCUCACUUGUACAUGCCCACCCUGAAGGAGAAUGACACCCACUGCAUCGACUUUCUUUACUCUCUAUCCAGCCGGGAUGGAGCCAGCCCAGGCACACUCAAUGUCUAUGUCAAGGUGAAUGGAGGUGCUCAGGGUAACCCAGUGUGGAAUGCCUCUGAUACUGUCACUGAAGGUUGGGUGAAGGCUGAAUUGGCCAUUUCUACAUUCUGGCCUAACUCCUAUCAGGUAAUAUUUGAAGCUGUUUCAGUCCAAGGCCACCCAGGUUUCGUCGCCAUUGAUGACAUACGAGUUCUGGCUCACCCAUGCCGUAAAGCCCCACACUUUCUACGCCUGCAGAAUGUGGAGGUAAAUGUGGGUCAGAAUGCUACUUUUCAGUGUACUGCUGGAGGGAAGUGGUCUCAGCAUGAUAAACUCUGGCUACAGCAAUGGAAUGGUAAGGACACAGCCCUGAUGGUGACCAGGGUGGUGAACCACAGACGUUUUUCUGCAACCGUUAGCGUUGGCGACACAUCUCAGCGCAGCACAAGCCGCUACCGCUGUGUCAUCCGAUCAGACGGUGGAUCUGGGGUGUCCAACUAUGCUGACCUCAUUGUUAAAGCUCCACCCACUCCCAUUGCACCUCCUGAGCUCCUUUCUGUAGGUGCUACUUACCUUUGGAUCAAACCCAAUGCCAACAGCAUCAUUGGUGAUGGGCCAAUAAUCCUGAAGGAAGUGGAGUACCGGACCACUUCAGGGAACUGGGUAGAGACCCAUGUGGUUGACUCCCCUACAUAUAAACUGUGGCAUCUGGACCCAGACGUAGAAUAUGAGAUCAAGGUCCUGCUUUCCAGACCUGGAGAGGGAGGAACAGGACCCCCAGGUCCACCACUGGUAACCAGGACCAAAUGUGCGGAUCCAGUUCACGGUCCUCAAAAUGUCAAUGUGGUGGAUGUCAGAGCCCGCCAGCUGACAGUACAAUGGGAAACUUUUGGCUACGCUGUGACACGCUGCCACAGCUACAAUCUGACGGUGCAGUACCAGUACGUGUUCAACCAGCAGGAGUUUGUAGCCGAAGAAUUAAUCCAAACGUCAUCACAUUACACUUUGAGGGGACUGAGGCCAUUUGUGACCGUUAGGCUGCGGCUUGUCCUGGCCAAUCCCGAGGGCAGCAAGGAGAGUGAAGAGAUAGUCAAACAGACGGAGGAGGAUGUGCCUGGAUCAGUGCCAAUGGAAUCUCUGCAGAAUACGCCAUAUGAAGAAAAGAUCUUCAUGCAGUGGAAAGCUCCCAACGAGACCAAUGGAAUCAUCACAUUGUAUGAGAUUACCUAUAAGGCACUGAGCUCCUUGGACCCCAGUGCUGAUCUGACAACCCAGCGGGGACGGGUUUUCAAGCUGAGGAAUGAGACCCACCAUCUGUUUGUUGGGCUGUACCCGGGAACCACCUACUUCUUCACCCUUAAAGCAUCUACCAACAAGGGCUUUGGUCCGCCUGUCACUACCCGCAUAACCACCAAGAUUGCAGCCCCCAUGAUGCCAGAGUAUGAGUCAGAGUCUCCACUUAAUGAGACCGAGACAACCAUCACUAUCUUGCUGAAACCGGCCCAGUCCCGCGGAGCACCUAUCAGCUCCUACCAGCUCGUUGUGAAGGAGGUGCGCAAGUCCAAGACCCGCCGUGCUGCUUCUGAAGCCCCUGAGUGUUUUUCUGUCCCAGUGAGCUUCCGCAAUGCCUCCAUCUUGGACUCACCCUAUUACAUUGCUGCUGAAUUGCCACCGUCCAGCCUGACGGUGGUGCAGCCCUUCACUGUGGGGGACAACAAGAGCUAUGGUGGUUUCUGGAAUCCUCCGCUGUCACCUGCCAAGAGCUACAGCAUCUACUACCAGGCAAUGAGCAGAGCCAAUGGGGAAACCAAAAUCAACUGUGUCCGCUUGGCUAACAAAGGUGCAUCAACGCAGGACUCUGAUGCUAUGGAGCCAGAGAAACAGGUGGACAGCACAGUUAAAAUGGCUGGCGUGAUUGCUGGGAUUCUUAUGUUCAUCAUCAUCCUUCUUGGAGUUGUUCUCACCUUCAAACGCAGAAGACAUGCUUAUUCCUACUCUUAUUACCUAAAGUUGGCCAAAAAGCAGAAGGAAACUGCUAGCAGCUCCACUCAGCAGAGGGAGAUGGGUCCAGUCACCACAGCUGAUAAGAGCACCACUAAAGUCAGCACCUUACACAAAGAUGACCCCUUUUCCACCUCCAACCAGGACCUCAAUGGGUUCACUUCUCCUUCUCCCUGCUCCUUCUCAGUGCAAGGAAGCAAGAUGCUGCAGAGCAAAUCCCUGCUGAAUUCCUACUACUCAGUGUCCAAAGAGCCAGUUCCAGCCACAACUUCUAUAGAUAGUAGCCAGCCUUCCCUUUCCCAGCCUUCUUUGACCCUGCAGAGUUUUCCCUAUGGAGGAUGCGAGUCGGUGGAGAUCUCCUACCAGAGUGGUCAGUUCCAGGCAGGCCAGUUUCAACCAGCUAUUCGAGUAGCAGACCUCCUCCAACACAUCACCCAGAUGAAAUGUGGCCAAGGCUAUGGUUUUAAGGAGGAAUAUGAGGCCCUGGCAGAGGGACAGACAGCACCCUGGGAAACAGCCAAGAAGGAUGAGAACCGCAACAAGAAUCGCUAUGGCAACAUCAUCGCUUACGAUCACACCAGAGUCCGACUGCAGUUGCUGGAUGGAGACCCCCACUCUGACUACAUCAAUGCCAAUUAUAUUGACGGGUACCAUAGACCCAGACAUUACAUCGCCACACAAGGGCCCAUGCAAGAGACGGUGAGGGAUUUCUGGAGAAUGGUGUGGCAGGAAAACUCAGCCUCAAUCGUCAUGGUUACAAACCUUGUGGAAGUGGGAAGGGUGAAGUGUGUUCGUUACUGGCCUGAUGAGACGGAGGUGUACGGAGACAUCAAGGUGACCCUCAUAGAGACUGAACCACUGGCGGAAUAUGUCAUACGGACAUUCACUGUUCAAAAGAAGGGCCAUCAUGAGAUCCGUGAACUCCGUCAGUUUCAUUUCACCAGCUGGCCCGACCACGGCGUUCCGUGUUACGCCACAGGACUGCUUGGCUUCAUACGACAGGUCAAGUUCCUCAACCCUCCAGAUGCCGGACCCAUAGUGGUACACUGCAGUGCCGGUGCAGGGAGAACAGGCUGUUUCAUUGCAGUGGACAUCAUGUUAGACAUGGCAGAGAAUGAAGGCGUGGUGGACAUUUUCAACUGCAUCCGAGAACUAAGGUCACAACGAGUCAACAUGGUUCAGACAGAGGAGCAGUAUGUGUUUGUUCACGAUGCCAUCUUGGAAGCAUGUCUGUGUGGAAACACGGCCAUACCAGUGUGUGAGUUCAGAGCCAUUUACUACAACAUCAGCAGGUUGGAUCCACAGACCAACUCCAGCCAGAUCAAAGAUGAGUUCCAGACUCUAAACAUAGUGACCCCUAGAGUUCGUCCAGAGGACUGCAGUGUGGGUUUGCUACCCAGAAACCACGACAAGAACCGCAGUAUGGAUGUUCUACCAGCAGACCGAUGCCUUCCUUUUCUGAUUUCUGUGGAUGGAGAGAGCUCCAAUUACAUUAAUGCUGCAUUAAUGGAUAGCCACAAACAGCCAGCGGCCUUCAUAGUUACUCAGCAUCCUUUGCCCAACACCAUGGGUGACUUCUGGAGGUUGGUGUUUGACUACAACUGCUCCUCCAUUGUAAUGCUCAAUGAAAUGGAUGCAGCACAGUUAUGUAUGCAGUACUGGCCAGAAAAAAAUUCAUGUUGCUACGGCCCUAUUCAAGUGGAGUUCAUAUCCGCAGACAUCGAUGAAGAUAUCAUCAACCGAAUCUUCAGGAUCUGCAACAUGGCUAGGCCACAAGAUGGUUACCGCCUGGUGCAGCACUUCCAGUUUAUUGGCUGGCCAGCCUACAGGGACACACCUCUCUCCAAGCGCUCCAUCCUGCAGUUGGUCAGGAGAUUGGCUAAGUGGCAGGAACAAUAUGACGGAGGAGACGGGAGGACUGUGGUACACUGCCUAACUGGUGGUGGACGUUCUGGAACUUUCUGUGCCAUCUGCAGCAUUAAUGAGAUGAUCCAGCAGCAGAAUAUUGUGGAUGUUUUCCACACUGUUAAAACCCUGAGGAACAACAAGACCAACAUGGUGGAGACUAUGGAACAGUAUAAAUUCUGCUAUGAAGUGGCUCUGGAAGCGCUCAACUCCUUCUGAUUGGGUGUGGGCUAAACAUCUCUAUUCCCGAUCGGCCAUUUGUCGAUGCCUGUCAUUCUCAACGCAACACUGGGAAACACGGAGGGCAAUACUGCUUUGUGUUGACCUGAAUCCGACUGACUGAGCGUGCCUGUGUGUGUGGGUGUGUGCGCGCACGUGUGUGUGUGUUUGUAUUUGAGUGCAUAUGCACGUGGCUGUGUGUGAAGAGAGGGCAUGCUUGCAUAUUUGAGGAAGUGUUUAUCUAUAUGCGUGCCUGCAACAACACACACAACAACCUGUACAGAAGAGGGAAAAGGCAACAAACAUGCACACUGGUGAUUUUAAUGUCUGUUUGCUUCAGCAAGACUGGGGACUUUAUAUGCUUGUACAAAGAAAAAAAAAUAUGGUAAAAAAACAAAAAACAAAUGUUUAAAAGACGCACCACUUUUCCUCCUCUAUUUCUCUGUCCUCUCUGCUGGGCUGUGAUGUGACUAUUGUACAGUAUUUCCUUUUUAGAUAUAUUCUACGCCUUGAAUGUUGUCUCCCUCUGAAGGCUGGAUGCCCACUGGAAGAUUUUUUUGGUAACUCUCAAAGGGAAUGGAAAUGUACAUUUUUUUGACCAUGACUCACUUAGCUUAGUGAACUUUUUUUUCUUCAAAAUACAUGCUGAUUCCCUUUUACCAAGUAAAAGUUCAUUUUUAUUAUACUUGUAAUUCUGUAAUUGGCCUGGAAAGAAAAUAUGUUAGCAUGGUUGUAACUUUUUUUAUGGUUUUACUUUCACUGAGUUCAAAUGUCAGAAAAACACAAGAACAAAAAAAUAUAUAACCUACAAUAAGUGGAGUCAGGGACAUUGUGAAAAAAAAUAACAGCAGAAAAAAGGAAAAAAAGAAACAUGCCUUAGAUUUUAAGGCCAAGUCGUGUCUCUGUUCCAGCUUUUUUCAUUGGGACAGUGGUGGUUUCAUAAAUGCUUUUGGAGAAUUAAAAAAAAGACAAAAUUGAAAUCUUAUAGUGUGCAUCCACCCUUACUGUAAAUAGGAUAAGACAACCACAAUCAAACAAACAAACAAACAGGCAAACAUCAGCAACUGGUACAUUACAAAUUAAUGUGAUUUCAAAACACUAUAACUCUAAAAAGCUAAGUUAACGUCACUGUGUUACCAUACCACAGACCGUCUCCACAGAAAUGUCAAAAAAGUCGACAUAUUGUUCGCAUAUUGCACAUUUAGCUAAUGCCACCGCAUUCAGAAUAACUUUUAUAAAAUUUCACUUUUUUUAUUAUUUAUUUAUUGUGACACUUUUGGUACAGAAUAUGAAACAACCAGAUAAUACUUUGUCUCUAAUAUGAUAACAGCACUACUAUAAUUUAUCGAAAAUGAGUCCCCAAAUUCCCCAAAAAGAAAUAAAAAUGUUCCCCUCUAAAAACUACAUAAACUAUAACUUGCACUUUUGCAUGUUUGUCCAUUUUGGAACAUUUAGACUUGAAAUUCCUGACACUGAACAGCCUGCGGUUCUUAACUGAAAUCAGUAUAUGGUCAUUUUAGAGCAAUUUGCUCUAAUGUGAAAUUGUUCAAUAACUGAGUGUAGCUUACCGACGAAUUAAUCCUCUUUAGUGUCGAUGAUUUGAUUUUAACCUGGUCUACAGUGUUGCGAGUAGUCAUUGAUAUAGGGCCACUAUUUGGAUCUAAAAUAUAAUGAUUCAAAUGAUAAGAAAUUAGUUAAACCUGCUGAGAUUAAGAAAGGAUUUAAGAUUCCUUGAUACUUAGAGCAGACUGUUAAACAGUUCAGUAAUUCUAUGUAUAAUUCUAUCUACAAUAAAUAUCCAAGCUAAGGGAUUGGGCCCAUGUUUCCCCCAUAACCUAUGAUUUAAAAAGAACAUCACAAAACAAAGAGACAGGCCACAUUUGCAUUUCUUUUAUAAUUAACGAGUGCUUUACGUCAAGCCCACUGAAAUAUACAGAUAUUAAAAAUACAUUUGAGAAGAUCACUAACAGGAAAUGAUUUCAGUUAGUGUUUGACCCCAGGUUGAAAGGCAGUUAACAUGGCUAAUAGUUUAGAUGCCUCUGCACCUUAAAGAACGUGUGGGAGUGUGGAAAUUAAUGAGAAUUAUGCAUGGCAUUGACCUCAGCUUCCCAUUAUCUCCUACUCAUCUGGUCAGACUCUUCUAUGCUGUCCCAUUUUCCCCUUAUCCCAAAAGACUAAACCAAAAUCUCAUGUUAUAGAUACACAACCUGUAUUUAUAUGGACAGCCUCUGAAAUGUGUUGAAUCUAAAGGUGAUACUAUUUUCAGAUCUGUUUUUACCUAUCUCUAAAACACUGUCAUUCUAAUAAAGAAGACCAGACUGAUGGCUUAAUUUUCAAACACUCAAAAAAUCAACUACUGAAGUGAAUUAUCUUAAAUCCCAAUGCAUUAAAAAUAAUUAAAAAAAAAUAAAAUAAUUGUCACCAAUUACCUGAUUUACUUUUUUCCCAUGCGAGAAAGUACGAACAUUUUUAGAUGCAUUCGAUAUUUUAGAAUGAUUUCAUAUAAAGUUCAGCUUCUGAUGAACUUUUCUUUUGUUAGGAAACAUUUCAGUGCUUAUGGCAAGAGCUGACAUACUUGUAGUUAAAUGUUGUAGCAAACUAUUCAAUCUGUGCUUGCGUUGAUUUAUUUUUAUUCUUAUUUUUCGCUGGAGUCCAGUCAGGCUCGUUAAUGGACCUAUCAAAAAAGUAAGAGUGCUGUUUUGAAGACAAUGUGAAUGCUGGAUAUCUUGAUCCUUUUGUUCACUGAUGCUUUAUUUUAUUGACUUGAUUCAUGGCCCUUCAUAUGUAUUAUAUUUUUUUUAAUGUUCUUUUAGAUUAUUUUUGUCUUGAAUUUGUACAUUUCUUUUGUAUAAUUAUUAUUCUGAUGAUUAUUUGUCUAGCAAAGUGCUGUUUAGAUCUGGUGAUGCCAUUACCAUUGGUUGUUUAGUUGUUUGAAAUGUGGUUAACAUGAAA